AUCUUCCCCCGCGCCCACGCCCACGCCUAUAUAUAUGUGUGUGUGUGUGUUUAACCAACCAAUCCAACAUUUUAUCUUCUCAUCCCAUCCGCCUUUCAUUUACUACACGUCGUCGUACGUAGUACUAGCUAGCUAGCCAGCCAUACAUGAUAUAUCGUCGUCCCAAUUAACUUAAGAUGUACAAGCAGCCGCAGCCGCAGCAAAAGAGAAAAGCAAAGAAGAAGAAGAUGACGAGCAGCAGCAGCCAGAGCAGUGUGCAGAUGAGCAGCAGCCACAACAAUAUUAAUGAAUCCGAGGUGAGCAGCAUGGAUUGGGAGUUGAUAAAGAUGAGCCCGCAGGAGGAAGACCUUAUUCAUAGAAUGCACAAUAUUGUCGGCGACAGUACUCCCUCCGUCCACCUAAGUUCUUCCCGUUACGCGUUACGAGACUUGACCGACUUUAUUUUCAAUUCAAUUUAAAUUAUUAUAGGAAUAAAAUUUUAAAAUAAAAUUUAUAUAGUAAUAAACUACAUGCAAAGUUCUACAAAACUAGAGGUGACAAGACUAUAUUAUUUUACGAAAUGACUAGUAAAAAUGAGCAAACAAAGUGAAUAAAGUUUGACCCUGUGAAUAGUGUCUGGGAAGAUCUAUGGUGGACAGAGGGAGUAUUAGUUAUUACUCCCACCGUCCUAGUUGAAACUUCU